UGUCUCAAGUCCGCGUUGCGCAAAGCCAAUCCCGCUUGGAUCGCCGACCGAGAACUUUUCACCGUUAUCAUCGCGACGAUAGACACACACACAAGCUCGCGUUUUGCGUUCACGCUCGCGGGCGUCUCCGUAGCGAUUGUUUUUUUUUUCGCUCCCCUUCUUCGGGGAGGUUUACGGCCGCGGGAGGACCUGGAGCUGUCCGGUGUGACACGCGGGGUGCGCGAGCUCUGUGGACGGACGAACGGUGACGAGUGGCUUUCGGUGGUGCUGUGAUUGUAUCGCCUCGUUUGUUUUUGGAUUACAGUUUAUAUUUUGGAUAUCCGUUCGACUUUUACAUGGAUUUGGACAGGUGUGACCAAAACUGGCGUACAUGUAUUGGAGGCGGUUUGACAUACAUAGGGAUAUUUCAAGGUGUCUUUUAAAACCGCGCCGCCGCAUUAGAGAGGACGCGUAGCCCUAAGGGCCGAGCCUCGACGGCGGGCCACGCCACCCGUACGGUGGCGGGGACUCAGCAACCUCAGCAGGGGGCGAAGCACGCCGAUCGCCUACCCCCAAUGUCCACUCUGGCGAUGCCAUUCAUCGACAACGACCUACUGUGGAGUUCCGAUCAUGAUGGCAAAAUGGUCGACUUGUCUUCUUGCCUCCAGGACGCUUCCGUCGCGGUGGGCCAACAAUCGACGGCGACCAGUGGAGGCGGACUGGGUGAACUUUCGCAAUCCGACCUUAGCACGUUGGUACCGCCCAUGGGCGCGGAAGGGCCGAUGCCCGACACCGACGAUAUUUUCAAACACCUGUCCGACACGACCGCUAUCGAAAUCGAAAACAUCCUGAGCGAAUUCAACUCCACCCCCUACAUCAAACAGGAGGAAAACAACAACGUGCCGACGGAGCACGACUGCAGCGGUUCGUCUACUGCGGUUACCGUCCACAAGAGCGCGCAAACGUUAGCAGAAAUGCGGAAGUUUACGAUAGCCGCGGCGAAUCCUAUCCUGGCGGAGAAACUGUCGACACCUAGCGAGCAAAGUCUGCAUCAGCAUGGCGGUAGUGCGGACGGCCGCUCGCAGCUGGCGCUCCUGACGCCGAAAGUGGAAAAAGUCGACAAGGAGCAGAACAACUACCUCCACCAGCUGCUGUCGAGGCAACGAACGGAUCUCCAGCAUCCGUCUUUAUGCGACUAUGGCCGACGAAAGUCCCUGUACCCCACGACUACUGGUUCGUUGCCGCCGAGUCCGGCCGAUUCGGGAGUGUCCGACGUCGACAGUUCUUCGAGCGGACACGCGUCAACGGACGAGCUCAAGGCGCGUCUCCAGCCGUCGAUACAUUCGCCCGUGGCAAACUUAUUCUCGAGGCAUCCCCUGUCUUGGUCGUCGCCCGUUCACCAACGCGCGCCGAAUCACAUGUCUCAGCAGUUUUACCAGCCCUUCGCGUCGAAUCUGGACCCGUACCAAAACUACCUUCUGCAGCAGCACCACCACGCGCAGCAAACCCACCACAACAUGCACCACCACCAUCACCCGAACGCGUCGCCGUUUACGACGCCGUCGCCGCCGUCGCCGCCGCCGAUGCGACACUCGAUCCCUACGUCGGUGAUCCAGGCGGCGACCUCCAGCGUAUACGACGAUCCCUACCUGUUGGGUUUCUCGCCGCGGAAACUGAAGAAAGUGAAGAAACAAAAGAUGGGCGAACCGGGCGCGGUGAAGAGGAAGAGCAGGGAAGGUUCGACCACCUACCUCUGGGAAUUUUUGCUCAAGCUCCUCCAGGACAGGGAGUACUGUCCGAGGUACAUCAAGUGGACGAACAGGGAAAAGGGCGUGUUCAAGCUGGUCGAUUCGAAAGCGGUGUCGAGGCUGUGGGGCAUGCACAAGAACAAACCGGACAUGAACUACGAGACGAUGGGGAGAGCGUUGAGGUACUACUACCAAAGGGGCAUUUUGGCCAAGGUGGACGGACAGAGGUUGGUCUACCAGUUCGUCGAGGUGCCCAAGGACAUCGUCGAGAUCGAUUGCACGGGUGCGGCGUGAACGUCGUCGUACUCGCGUCCAGAUUCCUUCUAGGUGGGGUCCCACCCACUUGCCGAUAGUACAAGGACUCGAGGUGUGCGGGGUUUUGCAAACAACGAAGCGUACUUUUUCAUUGAUCGAGAUCUCAAUACACGGGGCGGGUAGUAGCGGGACUGAUUUUUUUUUAUUCAGCUGCAUCUGGAACGGUCGUGGUCGAGUGAGUUAUAUUUUAAGGGUUAUGGUUCUCCCGGUGCGAGUUGGACCAGCGUGCGCGCGUGGCCGCCUACCGCGGGGGUUUUAAUUAAUCGUUGAUUUUAUUGGGAGUUUUUCUUUUGCGAACCGUUGUGAAAUGUUAACGAGAAAUAUAGGCGAAUUUGUUAAAAAUGUUUCGCGACGAAGUCGGAGGAGGCGCGCAGGAAUAUAUAGAUAUAUUAUCAUCUUAAAAAAAUUAUCGAGAAUACUGAUACGAAAUGUGAUAAGAGUUAUAUUUUGCGAAGCGACUUGGAAAUUAUAAUAGGGCGUUGUCGUCUGCCGGCAGCGGGGCGUCUCGGCGGAACUUUUAAAUAUAGUUGCUGACGCGAGAAACAAAUAACUAGCGUCGAGUGGGGAUGGAUUUCUGGAAUACAGUCUUUAAAGGUUUUUCUAAUUUUUACGUUUUUAUUGACAUUUUUCCCUUCAAUUCCGAAUGCUCGAAUAGGGCCAGCAAAAAUGGGAAAUAAAGGUUGUCUAUUAUUUAUUUAUUUAGCUGAAACUACCAAAAUUAAAUACUGUAGACAAAGCAACUGAGUUCAAUUACCACUUUUAUGCUUUUUUUUUAUCGAAAUGUUUUUCUCGAAUCCGCAAAACUGGCGAAAAUAGUUCCCACGCUUGUUAAUUUUUCAAAGAAACUUCCACUGGCUUUUGGAUUCGUCCUGGCUAACGUUUCGCCAAUCAUCCUGUCGACUUCAUCAGCUCUGAAGACGCCACCGGGAUGAUUGGCGGAACGUCAGCAAGUUCGGUUCAACAACAAACUACGCAACAGAUUUGGACAAACAGAAUUUAUAUUCCUUACCAAAAUUUAAUUUUUCACACCCCCCCUAGUUAAUGUCUUCAAAUUUUACGUGAGCAAUAUGAAAAAAACUAUACAAAAAAUAUGUAAAUCAUUGUGCCUUUAUAAGUUCAUCACUACGGUUUCCACUCGAGGCGUCCCGGGCUGAUUUUUUAUACGGCCAUUGGCAUGGCGAUGUUUUUGAAGCGGUGCUUUUAUAUACAAGAAAAAAAAAAGGCAAAUGAGACUGUAAGGUGCCUAGAAUAAUAAAAAAUGAUAGGUCAAUAAGGAUAUUAGCUCUCUCGAAAUGCAUUUUUCUUCAUCUAUCUGUCCGGUUUCAUUUUUUUUUUGUUUUUCGUUUGUUUGAUCUCACAAAAAUGUACACUGGCACAAAUUUUUGUAAAUAAACCGCGCGUACUUAUUUGCGGGGCGGGCGGGGGCCGUUUUUUAAUUUUCACAUGUAAUUUAGUACGGUUAGGUGUACAUUUUGUAUAGUAUUUAUUUUAAUUUUUCGAAAUAUGUAAACCAGCGAGGGCCGGCUUUCCUUUCACGUUUGUAAAAAAAUCUUGUAACCUUCUGUGAUGUGUAUAUUUGUUUUUAGUUGUUUCGUAUAUACAUAUAUACAUUGAUCGAUACAAAAAAAAAACGUGUACCUAAAAAUGAAUGUGUCUUUUUGCGGAACCUAAAUAGCUCAGAACAGAAUCAGGUGUUUUACUCAGUGAAAAAAAUUUUUUAUACGAACCACAAAAUGAGUAACCGUUAACGUUUUCUAGGUUUAGGGAACAUAAUUUUUCGUAAGUGUAAAAGAGAAUCUAUAUAUAUAUGUGCCCAGCCGUUUUCAAUGUAAUGUUGUUCUCAUAACGUGCGUACGUGUACGUGUUACUGUUCAAAACAACGUCCAAACGAUGUGAUAUACGUGCUUGAAUGUCACCCCUUUAGAUAAUAGUUCAUUGUGGAGCCGCGGCGGCGCUGCAUGUCCGCGCGCGCAAGAAGAAAUCAAUGUCCUGUCAAAACACGCUAAACCGUAUUUAACGAAGAGAGACAAAACAAAAAUAUUCGUCGGUGAUACACAGAUGUAACAGUUUUUUUUUUUCGUUUGUAAAUAUAGAGACUAGAUUUUUAUUAUAUCGCAGCAAAAUACCUAUUUUUAGCCACUAAAAAAAGAUUCUAAUUGAUUUUUAAAAACAAUUGUAUAGUUUUAUUUAGGUUAAGAAUCAGGUACUUUUAUUAUAUAUAG